GUGACGUUCCAGCAGCGUGACGUCGGAAGCACGUGUAUCAACUGUGGAGCAGCAACCUUUACUGUGAUGUCAAGGAGAGUCCGUUAGUGGUCUGAACCGAGACUGGUUUAAACCUUUCUCCAUUCAUCACUCAUUUUUCAUUGGAUGAACUCUGACCAAGCACGUCACCUACAGUUCUUCAUGAUUCACCUUACUGACCCUCCACUGACCCUCCACUGAUAAUCCAGGGGCCACAUCACUCUGUGUGCUCCUCCCCACACCUCACGGCAUCAUGGGGGACAUAGUCCUAAUGCACUUCAGCACGGUGGAUUAUGUGAUUUUCGUCUUGCUGCUAGUAGCCUCUGCAGGAAUCGGCCUUUACUAUGCCUUCUCAGGGGGUCGUCAGAGGACCACACAGGAGUUCCUGCUGGCCGACCGCAGCAUGAGCUGUCUUCCGGUGUCCCUUUCGCUGCUGGCCACCUUUCAAUCAGCGGUGGCCAUCCUGGGUGCCCCAUCUGAGAUUUACACACAUGGCACACAGUACUGGUUCCUGGGUUGCUCCUAUUUCCUGGGCCUGCUCAUCCCUGCGCACAUUUUCAUACCAGUUUUCUAUCGGCUCCACCUUAGCAGCACAUAUCAGUAUCUGGAGCUUCGUUUUAGUAAAAGUGUUCGGAUAUGUGGCACUGUGACCUUCAUCUUUCAGAUGGUGAUCUAUAUGGGAGUUGUUCUGUAUGCUCCAGCACUUGCACUUAAUGCAGUAACAGGUUUUGACCUUUGGGGGGCAGUGCUGGCCAUGGGAUUGGUGUGCACUCUUUAUACAGCUUUGGGUGGUCUGAAAGCGGUGAUCUGGACAGAUGUGUUCCAAACAAUCGUGAUGUUUGCGGGGCAGCUGGCAGUGAUUAUAGUGGGUACCCAUCAGGCAGGUGGCAUCGCUGAAGUAUGGAAGAAAGCACAAAACGGCAGCCGUAUCUCAGGCCUUGACCUGAACCCUGACCCUUUAGAGAGGCACACAUUCUGGACUCUGGGAGUGGGGGGGGUUUUCCUCAUGCUGGCCCUGUAUGGAGUGAAUCAGGCUCAGGUCCAGAGAUACCUCAGCUCCCGCACAGAAAAAGUGGCCAUAAUGUCCUGUUAUGCAGUGUUCCCAUGCCAGCAGAUCGUGCUCACAAUGGGCUGUUUAAUGGGUCUGGUUAUGUACGCCCGAUAUGGGGAGGAGAGCCCGCUGGAUAAGGGCUACGUCAAAAGUAAUGACCAGAUGGUGCUGUACUUUGUAAUGGAUGUGUUGCAAGAUCUUCCUGGUUUGCCAGGACUUUUUGUCGCCUGCCUGUUUAGUGGAGCUCUUAGCACAAUCUCAUCUGCCUUCAACUCCCUGGCAACAGUUACCAUGGAGGACCUGAUCAAACCUCACGUGGCACCCAUGACAGAGGCCCGUGCCACCUUGUUAUCAAAAAUGUUGGCACUUGGCUAUGGUCUUGUGUGUCUGGCAAUGGCAUACAUCGCCUCUUUAAUGGGUUCUGUGCUUCAGGCAGCACUCAGUAUAUUUGGGAUGGUGGGGGGACCUCUUCUUGGCCUUUUCUGUCUCGGGAUGUUUUUCCCUUGGGCCAAUUCCACUGGUGCUCUUGUUGGGCUGGUAUCAGGGCUGGUCAUGGCUUUCUGGAUCGGUAUCGGCAGCUUUCUUUCACGAAUGUCUGCAUCUGCACUACCUGUGAUGAAUACCACCAUCACACCUGAUGUAGGAAACAUGACAACAGCUCUCAUGACGACGCUCAUCACAUCUAAACCCAGGCCUUCUGGAGUUCAGGCUCUGUACUCUUUAUCAUACAUGUGGUACAGUGCUCAUAAUUCUGCCACAGUUGUGGUGGUUGGACUACUGGUCAGCUUUCUUACGGGACCCUCGAAGGAGAAAGAUUUAAACCCAGGUACGAUUUACCCUGUGCUUGGCAAUUUGCUGUUCUUUCUGCCCCAACGCUACAGGGAGAAACUCUGCUGUGUUACCCCACUGGAUGACAAGUCUAAAGUCAUGGAUUGUCAGCCUUACCUGAUGACCCGGAAAGAGAGCAAUGGCGUUGCCUAUACUGAAGAGGAAGGAGAACAGAAAACCACCCAGCCUACUUGCAACCUGGCCCAUACGGUGCAGGAAACAGCCUUGUGAAAUGUCCCACACAGCGACAGUCCUAAAGGGUCUUAGUUUCCCACAGGAUGUCAGUUAUGAUGCCAAAACUGCGUGCAAAUUCACAAUCUCACUGUUUUCUCCUGUUGAAUUUGGUAAGAAUCUUGAGUGCAUAAGUUGUGGUUUGUAUUGUGGGCCCUUUGCAAUAUUAGUACGCUGUUCCCUCAACUGCCAGUGAUCUCGUUUAUAUGUGGUACUUUCUGAUGUCAGUGGUCUGUGUCAUAAAAAUUCUGUUAUGUUUAGAUCUUGAAUGAUUUGAGAUGUAUUGAGCGAUACAAGUGAUCACCUAAACCUAGUUUACAUGUCCUAAACUGAAUCUGAAUAUUGUUGAAUAUUGUAUAUACACACACAAAUCAAAGAAAUCAUACUGAACGUCAGGUUAUUGGAUGGUUUAUCAACCGAAAGAACUCAGUGUGCACAAAUCUAUAGUCGUUUAAUGUCAGUGCCAUUCGAGUUUUGGGGGUUUUCUCUCCCAAAGAUUUUGUUUCAUCCAAAGUUCACUACAUUAGCCUUUCCAUUCUGUUUGCCUUGAAUGCACUACUGUCCAUGUGUUUGUUCUCUAAACGGAGUUCAACGUUUACAGUGAAUGAAGAAUUGCUAAUAUUGCAAAUGUAAAUGUAGUAAACUUUUAGCUUGACAUUCAUGAAAAGACCAUCCGACAUGAAGAAUUCUCGUGUUGCGAUAAAUAGAGUGAAUCUAAUGCAUGUUGAAUCUCUAGUUCCCUCACUGAAGCCCAUUGUUUGUGACAAGUGCCUCCUCAUAUGAAUGUAUGACGUAGUUUUGUGACUGGAUCAUUGCUUUAGUUUGCAGUUUCUUCAACUAGCCCAAAUGCCCAAAUGGUCUUGACCUUGAUAGGAUCAUUUUUAAGUAUCUGGACACUUCACUAUUGAACUCCCAUGAUGCUUUGCAUUGUGAGAGCCUGGCUAACUAUACUUUAGCAUCUCCGAAAAAGUUUUAAAUUUGCCUGUAUUAAAUAUUGUUUUGGUAUGGAUGAUUAUUUACCAAACGGUCAUGUUAGAAAUGUUCUUGUAGACAAGUUGUUUAAAUGUUAUAAUAGCCUAUUCAAAUAUUUGAUCUUAGAUAUAUAAGUAAAGAUAUGUGUUAUAGUAUCAAGAUUAACGGCACAGAAUUGAAACCUUAGUGUGUUACUGACAAGAAUUCUCAGUAUUAGCAUAUGGAUUGAUUUGGUUGCACUUGUUUUCUUGUAAUUUGAUUCGUUUUUUUUUUUUUGUUGUUGUUUUUUUUGUGGUUUUUUGAUGUUAUAAUGGCAUUUUUUGUGCUUUGCUGUCUAGUCUAAAUUCAUACCUCAGUCUAAGCCAUACCAUUUUUGGUUGCUGUAGGAUUCCUAGGUCCUUGUAUUGUGCCUAUGACUGGAAUGAAAGCUUUCUCUGAACCUGUCACAAUCUCACAAGCACAGGCAGUCGGUUAUAUUUUCAGGUUACGCACUCUGGGUCAAUAGUCUCUCAUCCAUCAUCCAUUUUUUUUGUUUGUUUGGGUUCGUUAUUGUGGGUGUAUCAUCUUGGUCUGGUGGCAGGUUUCAGUUUAACAUUCGUCUCCAAAGAAUCAUCCUAUUCGGAAUCAUGUUAGUCAUGUGUGGAAACAUUAGUCGGUUCACACAGAAUGCAUUUUUGCAUUCCACUGUGGUGUGUUGUUUAAAUUAUUUUCCAAAGUAAACGCACUGUUGCGCUCCAUCUCCUUGAUUUUUCAGCAUCCCACUCAUGAGCGAUGCAUUUUUUACUGUUUUAAAAUAAGUUAAAAUACAAGCGUUAAAAUAAAGUGGGUCGAGACCCAGUUUUUUUAAAUGCAAGAAAUACUGAGAUCUUUUAUCACUGCGCUGCUUCUCGUGAUUUUAGAUUUAAGAAUCACAUACAACUUUUAUCAUUGCGCCACUUCUCACUCGUUCAAUUCUCAUUCAGUUCGAUUUUGUAAUGCUGUCUUUUUGUUUUUAAGCCACUUUUUGUCCAUCUGCAGUGUUUUUCAUGCAGCUUUUAGAGCAUCACACGCAGUGAACACUAUAUAUUUAGGACGCUACUUCAUGUUAAACAAGCAUGAAAUGGACCUCAAUGCGCCUUCCUUUCCAUUGCAACCCCUGUUUUUGAACACAAUUACACAUCGUGUGUAAACGGCCCCAAGGGUUUUGCAUUUAGUUAAGUGAUGACCACUCUACAUAUCAAAUGAGCUUCACACUUAUAUUGACAGCAAUGAAUUAUGACAUUAAUCUCCAGCCUAACAGUGUAAGAUUCAAAACUAGACAAGGGAUAGUAGUUGGUGUGAAAUUUCUGCAGUGGAGCAGAUUUAAGUUUAAUGUUCUGUCAUUCUUUAACACGCAGUGGUAUUAUUUUUUUUUUAAUUCAUCCCGUUCAAUCUAUUAGAAUAAUGUUGACAUUCAGGUAUGAAAAUAAGAAAUUGUUUGGAUUUUGUUAACUUUAGUAACAUUCCAGUCAAAGGGUCCAACACAGAUAAUCUCUUUAUUGUAAAAUGUAAACAUAACUUGAUUUUUCAUAAGAUCUGUCACUAUAUUCAAUGUGUAAAAGCCUUUUUUUUUUUUACAUUAUUAGUGUCAUAAUGUACGUAUGAGUCAGACUGCAUAUAGAGCUGCCAUCUGUCAUACCUGAAAUUACUUGAAUUAUGUGUGCAAAAUGCUUUAAAACUCCCAUAUUUUUAAUAGUACAGAGCACUUGCAUUUAUAGACUGAAUAUUGCAUCUGAAUUGUUCCACUGAUCAUUUCUCUUUGUCCUAAGAAAGUCUUAAUUCAGAAUGCAUUUCCCCUGUGAGCAAUCAAAGGAGGAAUAAAUCACAAGGACAUUUUAAAACUGCCUACAACAGGACAAACUGUUAAGGCACAGGCAGGGAUCGACCUAUUAUAAACUAUGCUGUCCUACAAUCUAAAACUGUGUGACCCUAAGAGAAUUAACCUUGGGGGCCUGUGUGGGGAAAAAAAAACACUGAACUGUACUGUGAGAAUUGUUUAUUUUUAAAUACUCAUUUUAUAUGAUAAGCGCAACUCUCAUAAGUGCAAAAUAAAUAUUUCGAUACAUGAUAUUUAUGUUUAUAUAAAUAUUAUGAGAAUAUUUAUUUUUUAUAGAAGUUUACCUAUUUUAUUUUCCCAAAUAUGCAUUCCAGAAAACCAUAAGCAAUGGAGUCUGACCAGCUUCAUUGCUUUGGUCGUGCCUUCACUUAGUGUCUCUUUAUUUGAUUGGUCAUGAAAGUUCUUGCCAAGAACUUUCCAUUAUGUGAAAAAGAGGCCAGCAGAGCAUCUAUAGCGAUGAUACCUUUAUUUAUGUAGAUGAAUGCAGAAUAGAGGAACAGAUAUACUUAGCCACUCUAGUGGGCAUUACUUUGAAUCAUGAACACUCAUUUUUCCUCUUGACGAAAUGUUUGUAAUGAGAAAGUGAUAUAAAAUUUGUCUUGAUAACAAUAAAAAUGUCUUCCCGAC